CAAUGUAAGAUAAUGCAAGCACUAGAUUUACUGCUACUAAUUAGAGCCACAAGCUACGUUGCAGUCAAGGAUAGAUAUUACGUUAUUGCUUUGAACAAUGUCAAUCACACGUCCAUAAAAAUCUAGCUCCCAGCUUUUGACACCAUCACUUCCUGGACUGGCUAUAGCAAACUUUCAUCGAACAAAAUUUUCUCUAUAAAUAUCUUGAGCUUGCCAAGUGCCAACCUCACUUCAAUUCAUUGCGUGUGAAAAGAAUGGCAUUCAGGGGUUGUAAGGCAGCUGCUCUUUUCUUUUUGCUUAGCAUUUCAUUUUUCACUCGCGUUUCAUCUCAUACGGUCGUCCCGUGCCCUCCCCCACCUAAAACUGCACCAUCUCCUCCCUCUGUCCCAAAGAAGCCUGCCAAAUGUCCCAAAGAUACGCUUAAGUUUGGUGUUUGCGGCAGCUGGUUGGGACUGGUUCACGAGGUUAUUGGGACUCCACCUAGUAAGGAGUGUUGUACACUGAUUUCAGGUUUAGCUGAUCUCGAGGCUGCAUUUUGUCUGUGUACUGCGAUUAAGGCCAAUAUGCUUGGAGUUAUCAAGGUCAAAAUACCUAUUGCCCUCACUUUGCUGAUAAAUGCAUGUGGGAAAAAGGUCCCUAAAGGCUUUGUAUGUGCAUAGAAUUUCUU